GCGGAUAAAGCCGAGGCUGCAAAGUGCGUCACAGAGCGGCUUUACUGAGAAGCGACGCAGUCGAACAGCGACCAUCUCCACCUCCAGCUCCAACUGUCUGCUCACACAAGAGGCAACAAACCGACGCUGCAACAACAUGGUGAAGAUCGCCUUCAACUCGGCCCUGGCGCAGAAGGCGCUGGGUAAAGAGAUGACUGUGGCCGCGGAGAAGGAUCCAGAGUUGGCUUCCGCCCCGGUCAUCCAUGAAGGCUCCACAGGUCGGUGUCUCCUCACACUGCUGGGCAUCGCCUUCAUUCUGAGUGGACUAAUUGUGGGCGGAGCCUGUCUGUAUCGCUAUUUCACACCAAAGAGGCUCUAUCAUGGCACCAUGCAGUACAAUGACGGGCCACACGAGGUGUUUGGAGAGAACCAGCCGUACUACCUGCCCCGUAUAGAGGAGGAGGUGGAGAUCUCCGACAACAUGGCGGUCAUCAGCGUCCCCCCUCCACACUUCAGACCUGGUGACCCCGCAUAUAUACUGCACGACUUUAAGAGGAAACUGACAGCAUAUCUGGACCUGACUCUGAGGACCUGCUUUGUCAUUCAUCUGAACACAUCGGUGGUGCUCCCCCCGCAGGACCUCAUUGACCUGUUCUUACAGCUGAUGUCUGGAUCCUACCGCAGCUACCUGGUCCAUGAGGACCUGGUGGUGACGGAGCGUAUCGACGACGUCAAACCUCUGGGUUACUACAUCCGCCGGCUGUGCGACGGAAAGGAAACGUACAGGAUGCAACGCCGGUCCAGUCUGACAGGUGGAGGCAUCCAGAAACGUUCUGCAGAUAACGAGUGCUUCACCAUCCAGCACUUUGCCAACAAGUUUGUGACCGAGACCAAGAUCUGCAAACUGUGAACGCAGGGUGAAACGAGUCGGAGUGAGUGCGAGAAGCUGGUUUGAUGUUGGAACAGAAGGGAACAGCGUUGAGUUGUUGUUUUGUUUUGUAUAGAUCUCUAUUUUCAGCCUUUUCUUCUUUUCCUGCUUCCUCCCCAGUGAUGCACUAGUGUCAGUUACAGUGUUGUGUUCCAGCCCGGCCUUUAUCCUCUGCUACACUAUAUUAACCAACUCUUUACAGCUCCCUGCACAAUCACGCCCUCUGCUGACUGGUUGUGUUCUGAUGAACUGCGUUAGCCUGCUAACCGACGAUGCUACUGAUGUUUUAUUUGUGUUUGUUUGCUGUGACUUCCCGCAGACUAGUCCUAGCCGUUGAUAUUGUGUUGCAACAUUUAGCCUGGACUCCUGUAGACGAGAGCUGCUGCGGCUGCUGCUCGUUUUAGUCAUGACGAGAACCCACUGAUCCCAGAUCUGUCUGUGUCCGCCUGCUGCUCCCCCACUACACACAGCUCCUCGUGUACCGUGCAGAAUAUACACAAGUAUUAGUGUGUUUUAGCACAAGUCGCCUCCAGAGACAUGAAGUUCAUUACCACAUGUGACAUGUUUAUCAUGUUUGUGAGUGAUGGCCCCCCAGAGCUCUGUCGCCACUUUGUAGAUAUUUCCCAGAAUACCCUGCUAUUUCCAGAAGUCCCAGCUGUCCCUGUGAAGAGGAUGAUCAAGAGAAACUUUUUAUUAAGGAUGUCCAGAAAAUAUUGGCCGAUCGAUAUUAUCGGCCGAUAUUAGCGUAAUUAUCUAAUAUCUGUAACAUUCGUUAGCGGUUGUUCCGAUAAUGAAAACCCGAUAAAACAAUUCCUGGGUUUUUGCCAAAUGAUGGGUGCUCUAAAGAUACUGUUGGGGAUAAAUGGCUGUAUGUUAAAGUGAAAGUCACUAGAUGGCAGCACAUUUUAUUAAAA